CUUGACUAGAAAUGAAUGAUUAGAUUUUUAUUUCUCAUCGGUGCUCACUGCUUGGGCCGCUUUACCUUGCCUGUUGUGGAGAAAAGGAGGACUGUGCAAGUCAUUCCUGUUCGAGCUCUCGGGGAAUGGCGCAGCUGCUUAAUUUUCAGGGCCGGGUGGCCGUGGUGACAGGAGCCGGUGCAGGUCUUGGUCGCGCAUACGCCCUUCUGCUGGCCGAGCGAGGGGCAAAGGUGGUCGUGAAUGACCUCGGUGGAACCAGGGAUGGCGGUGGCAAGAGUAGUCAGGCUGCUGACAAAGUCGUGCAGGAGAUCAGGGCUAAAAAUGGUACAGCAGUGGCUGAUUACAACUCGGUGGAAGAUGGACAGAAGAUUGUAGAAACUGCGUUGUCGGCCUUUGGUAGGAUCGACAUCCUGAUCAAUAAUGCCGGAAUCCUGAGAGAUAAAAGUUUUGCCCGCAUCUCUGAUCAAGAUUGGGACCUUGUUCAUUCGGUUCACUUGAGAGGCGCCUUUAAAACAACUCAAGCAGCGUGGCCUCAUUUUAAGCAACAGGGUUAUGGACGAAUUGUAAUGACAGCGUCAAAUUCUGGACUGCUGGGCAAUUUUGGCCAGGCAAAUUACAGUGCAGCCAAGAUGGGCCUCGUCGGUCUGAGCAACACCCUGGCCAUUGAGGGUGGAAAGAGCAACAUCCACUGCAAUGUGAUUGUGCCAACAGCCGCCUCCAGACUGACUGAGGAUAUUUUACCUCCAGAAUUCUUUGCUGAGCUGAAGCCAGAGCUCAUUGCUCCGAUUGUAGCCUGGUUGUGUCACGAAGAUAAUGAAGACAACGGCUCAAUCAUUGAAAGCGCUGCAGGAUGGGCAGGAAAAAGCCACCUGGUCACCGCAAAGGGAAAAGUGCUUAGAAAGAAAAUUGGAGAUGCUGUUUCCAUUGAAGACGUCAGGGACCAGUGGAACGAUGUGACGGACAUGUCGACUGCCAGGUACAGGGAGAGCAUUCAAGAGGCAUCAGGAGAGCUGAUGAACGCCCUGGAAGCUGUGAGAGACGGGCCUAAGGAAGAUGAGAUUGUUAGAACUUUUGAUAUCACUGAAAAAGAUGUCAUCCUUUAUGCUUUGGCUGUUGGCACACCGAUUUCCGACUUGAACCUUUUGUACGAAAAUCAUGACGACUUUUGCGCCCUGCCUGCUUUCUGGAUCAACACUGGUUUGGUGGCUCUGAUGGAGAGUGACCUCGUUAUAAAAGCGAUACCUGUCAAAGACGUCAGCCUCGCCAAUCUUUUGCACGGAGAGCAAUACUUGGAAAUAUUUGAACAACCGGCCACCUCUGGUCCGUUGGAGGUGAGGUGCAAAGUCUCCGAUGUUCUUGAUAAAGGAUCCGGAGCCGUGGUUUUGGUUGAUGUUGAGUCGUACGAUCAGAAUGGAACCAAGGUAGCAUUCAGCCAAAUCAGCUCCUUCUUUGUUGGCGCUGGAAACUUUGGUGGCCCAAGGACAUCAUCCAAGGCCAUCAAUCCUGUCGAGGUGCCAAAGAGGAAGCCUGAUGCCACCAUCAGGCAGAUGACAAAUCCUCAGCAGGCGGCCACUUACAGACUCACAGGAGACCUAAACCCACUGCACAUUGACCCCGACUUUGCAGCUGUUGGGGGUUUCUCAAAACCACCCCUGCACGGACUCUGCUCUCUUGGUUUUGCCAUCAGACAUGUUUUGAGACAAUAUGCCAACAACGACCCUCGUCUCUUCAAAGCUCUCAAAGUCAGAUUCACAAAACCAGUGUUCCCUGGUGAGACCUUGCAAACAGACAUGUGGCAGGAGGGAUCAAGAAUUCACUUCCAGACGAAGGCUGUCGAGUCGAACAACAUCGUCAUAGGAAGUGCCUAUGUUGAUCUGGUGGAUGUCAGAAUGAAACGGACUGCAGCUUCAGACCUUGGCAGUGCUGCCAUUUUCGAGCAAAUCAAGCAGAGAGUGGAAGCCGAUCCUGCCACUGCCAAGAAGAUCAAUGCAGUCUUCCUGUACAUCAUCACGAAGGGUGGCAAAGAAGUUGGAAAAUGGACUUUGGACCUGAAGCAGGGUAAAGUGAUUGCUGGGGAAGGACAAGGCAAGGCUGACUGCAUAAUCACAAUGGAGGACUCGGACAUGGUUGAAAUGGCGCAAGGAAAACUCAACCCCCAGGCUGCUUUCAUGAAGGGAAAGCUGAAGGUGAAGGGCAAUGUUAUGCUCACACAAAAACUCAAGGGCCUUCUUACCCUCGAGUCAAAACUAUAAGCGCUAUAAGCCUUAGAAACCCUUUCUAGUUGUCCAGAGUAUCUUUGUUAUGGGUCAUGAUACGGGCAUUUUAUCUUUAAAUUUUUCACCCAGCAAAGUACGAUAUUUCCUGUUAUGGUUACUUUUUAAUUCAAAUUUGUUAUUUCAUUAACUUUUGUGAUCAUUCCACUCAACUGCAAGUUAUUUUUGUAUUGAUGAAUAAAAUUAAAAUUUUCAAUAACUAUUUUUUAACAAA